CGAGCCGUCCUUCUUCAGCGUGAGACCGGCCAAUCAGAGUCGACUCGAGCCCUUCGUCAUAGCCAAUCGGCUGAUGAUCUGCUCUUCUCGCAAACAUGUCGCCCAUGAAGCUGUGUGUUCCAGGUGACAAGCUAUGCAGUGUAGAAGACUGUAUUCCCGGCACAGGAGUAUACCUGCGGCAUGGCUACAUAUACUCCUCACUAGCAGGCUACGUGCUCAGGAAAAACGAGGGAGAGGAGUUACCAGUGAUCUCAGUGGUGAGGGAAACCGAAACGCAGCUACUACCAGAUGUAGGAGCAAUAGUCACCUGUAAGGUGACCAGCAUCAACCCCAGGUUCGCCAAGGUCCACAUCCUUUAUGUAGGUUCCACACCGCUGAAGGACCGCUUCAGAGGGACAAUCAGGAAAGAAGACGUGCGUGCAACAGAGAAAGACAAGGUGGAGACAUACAAAAGCUUCAGACCUGGCGACAUCGUCUUGGCGAAAGUGAUCUCUCUCGGUGACGUGCAGUCUAACUACCUGUUGACAACAGCGGAGAAUGAACUGGGGGUGGUGGUGGCACACAGUGAAGCAGGUUCCCAGAUGGUUCCCAUCAGCUGGUGUGAGAUGCAGUGCCCACGGACGCACGCCAAAGAGUUCCGCAAAGUGGCCCGAGUGCAGCCGGAGUAUCUACAGGCAUGAGAGCCCUGAAACUUCUUUCUUCCACAAGGAACACACAGCUUCCCCUCCCUCCUUCACUCACUGUCGCCAAGUAGCUUCCCAACUCUGUUUCAGAUGUUUUCUGAGAGACUGUACAACGUGCAUAUCAUUAGCUAUUUCUGGUUACAUGUCUUUUUAAGUGUUUUUUUGAAUAGCUUUCCCUCUGCACAUUGUCAUCAUUUAAAUGUGCCAACUUAAACACAGAAGCGGCGUUGGACCAAAGUGCAAAAGUGCCAGGACAUAUUCUAAACAGUGCAGCGACUGUUGUAAAGAUAUUUUUAACCAAACACAAAAAUGUUACAUUGCAGCUGCCAAACUUUAAGUGGCCGCUAUGUUGAGAAGCUAAACGCAUCAGAAUUUUGCACCUAGUGAAGAAAGGUCUUUUUCACAGAUGCAGGAUUCACUCAGUUUCGCUAAUAGGUAUUAUGGCAGAUCAUCAGGUCGUUUGAAGGAAGAAGUAGUUGGUGCAUGAUGCUGGGUGCGUAAACGUGAGACUUGGUUAAGGCAAGGCCCAGUCUACAUCACACGUAAAGGAAAAAAUGAAGUGGCUGUAUUUGGUCUGAAAUAAGGAAGUAUCGACCAAAAAUGCUGCAUAGUGAGCGCCGCACUUCUUUGCGUGACGUUGUGUAUGCGGAUUACUUGUUUUUGUCAUUAAUUUAGUUUAAAGACAGUUUAAUCUCCUCAGGCUAAUUUUUCUGUACUCCUUUCCAGUUUAAAGUAAACUGAUGUCCUCACAGCAGUUUUAAAAAUGAAUGUGAAGAGAGCCUAAUGUUCAAUCAGCAUUACAACACAGCUACCAUGCAUGUGCGGAAUAUUGAAGUACAAGAUGUGAUAGUCAAAUAUUUCUUUUGUUUUCCAACACAUUAUCAAAACAAAAUGAUUGAGCGAACAAGCAAGCAGAAAUAUUUCCAUUUUAUCUUUUGAAGUAAAGUGUACUUUCCUUAUUCUUUCUUCACUUUACAGCAGACAUCAUUCAUGUGCAAGAUUGAAAUAAAAUGACUAUCAAAGCCA